CCUACGUUCGACCUUGGCUCCGUCGAUGUCGUCACCAGUCGCAACAACUUGCGCAAACUGUUACGCUUUGUUACGGGCACGUACACGGACGAUUGGUUUCGGAUCGAUGCAGAGCUGAUUGGGGAUGCUAUGAUGCUCAUGCGUUGGGAAGGCGCACAAGUGGAGAGGUCUGGCCAGUUCAGAGGGUAUGGUGCCAAUUUCAAACAGCAAUGUACGAAGCCCGGCAGAGAUGAUGCCUCAACUAACCAUAGGACGGUCACCUACAGCUUGGGUGGGCUGAACUUGGUAGUAGGUUGCCACGUAGAUGGGCAGGUUCGGUAG